GAUGUACGUGGAACCACUAUAUAUACAGAGAGAAAGAGAGAAGACUAGAGCGAGACUUUCUGGUACGAUCUAUCAGACUUUAGCUUUACAACACAGAGUUCACGGGAAGAUCACCAGUUCACACUAUCGAAGGUCUCUUCUAGCUUGAAGAAGCUCAAUGAAGAAAUGAGUAAAAUCUUAUUUCUUAAUUUGGAGCCUGAUUGAGAACCAAAAUUUCCUCCGUUGGUUUAGUUGACAGAUUGUGGUGAGGUUUUUCAUCGGUGUUUCUUUGUCACGGAUCUGCCCAAAAAGAGAACGGACAUGGAACAAAAAAUGGGAAAGUUCGUAAUGGGGCAGCAAAACAACUCUGAGCAAAUUAGUUACAACUCUGUGGAUAACAGUAAUCAAGGCAUGGGCUCUGUAACUCAGAGAUUUAUUCAGGAUCCCUCUAAUUCUAUGAGUAUAAAUUCAAGACCAUCUGAUCAUAAUAUGACAGUUGGCGCAAGACCAGUUCUGAACUACUCCAUUCAGACUGGCGAGGAAUUUGCUCUUGAAUUCAUGUGGGAAAGGGUGAAUCCCAGGCAGUAUAUUCCAAAUUCUCCUGUUGAGGCUAAUAGUGACACUACAUCUGUGAAUCUACAUGGUGUGCUUGGAGCAUCUCAUACUGGUUCUGAAAGAUAUCCUGAUGCUUACUCGUUUCCGUCCGUUGAAAAGGGUAAAGUCCAAGAUCUUGUGAGUAAUGUUUCUCUAAGAGAUGAAAAGCCUAUAGACAAGUCCCUUCCAUCAGCGACUAGAACUUCAUCAAAAAUUUCAAGUAUUCACAGGUUUCAGAGUCAUUCUUCUAUGGGUUCUUUUGGUGGCUCGUUGAAAAUGUUGAAGUUACUCUGCAGUUUUGGCGGCAAGGUCUUGCCUCGUCCAAGUGAUCAGAAGCUUAGAUAUGCUGGAGGUGAGACACGCAUUCUCCGCAUUAGCCAGGAUAUUUCAUGGGAGGAGCUUAAGCAGAAGGCAAUGAUGAUGUAUAGUGAACCUCAUUCUAUUAAAUAUCAGCUUCCUGGUGAGGAUCUUGAUGCAUUGGUUACCGUAUCCUCUGAUGAAGACUUACAAAAUAUGAUGGAGGAAUGCAAUUUACUUGAUGUUGGUGAAUCCCAGAAGCUCAGGUUGUUUCUCAUUCCAAACAACGACUUGGAAGAUUCCCAGCUUGGUCUGGAGAACGUAGAAGGUGAUUCUGAAGUUCAAUAUGUUGUUGCUGUAAACAGUAUGGAUUUUGGUUCAAGAAGAAACUCGGUAGUUGUGAAAAGCCAUUUUGGGAACAAUUUGGAUGAGUUACUCAGCCUAAGAGUUGAAAGUGAGACGGGUCGUAUUCCCGUCGCGGUUGCUGCAGGUGGUACUUUAAAUGCCAGAGUAGUCUCACCUUCACCAAAUCAAUCUUCUCAGACGGCGCUGCCUAGUCCAUCGCAUGCUUUUGAGGCCAGUUCACUUGGUUACCAGGUCCAAACUAUCAAUCACCAACAGCAUGGAUGGCAUUCAUCACAGGCUUUCCACCAAAUGGACACCCUCCCUAAUGUAUAUCAGAAAACCAUAGUUCCACCAUCUGAUAGGAUUCAAUAUGGUUAUGGUUCUCUUCAAUCAACUCAUGCACAAAUUGCAGAAAAAAUGGUCCCAGAUCCUGUCCUUGGGCAGCCUUAUGGGAGCUUGAACGCUGAGGUAGCAAAAGUAUCAGGGUUGGAGACAAAACUUGACCAGGUUGAAUCUGAUAAAGAUCAUUCUCCAGUGACAGAUGUUCCUCGGACGGACACACAGAUGAACAUGGAAAACUCAAUCAAGAAAAUCAGCGACCAUACUAUAGUGCAGUCUCUUGAUGAUGGCAAGACAGACUCUUUACAGACUUAUGAUACUUCAUCUUUAACUAUUGCACCAUCAGAGGAAGCAUUUACUGUUACUAGUGCUGCAACGCACAAGGGAACUUUGGUCAUACCAAAAAUUAGUGAAAAGAAUCAUGAAGAUGCAAGGGAUUGCGUGCCUCCAAUUGUUGUUCAGGAUCAGAUGAUGAAUAAGUUUGAUAUCGACAAUCAUUCUCAUACAUCUGGUGCGUCCGUUCAUGGAGACUCCCUGGUAUAUGCUCAAGACAUCAGCUACGAACCAGAUAUUCUUCCUCACCGAAUGUUCCAAUCAGAAAGAAUACUCAGGGAACAGUCAGGGCUUAAUCGUUUGUUCAAAUCAGAUGAUUCUAUUGGUCCACAGCUCCUAAUGGCUCAUUCCAAAUCAGAUGUAUCACAGAAGAUUGCGGAAACAGCGGAUAAGUUGACUGGUUGGAAUGUGACGGACGAUUUGGAUCGUGCGUCUACUGAAGGGAACGUAAAAGAACCUCAGAACUUUGCUGAUGAUGAAAAUGACUUCAGUGCAAUGACUUCCAGAAAAAAUCAGUCAAAUCUCAAGGCUGAGCUUAAUGUUGGGUCAAAUUUUCCUUUGACAAAGCAAGGAACUUCUGAAUUUUCCCAAUAUGAAUCUGCUCCUGCAUCAACAGAGACUCGUCAGAAAGAAUUGCUUGAAAAAGCCAAUGAGGAGGAACUACAUGUUACGAGUAAGGAAGACAUUCCUUCUACUUCUGCUUCCGAAAGUAAGCACCAUUUAGCCGCUGGCACUCCAGAACAUGGGGACAUACUCAUUGACAUCAAUGACCGUUUUCCUCAUGAUCUUUUAUCUGAUAUUUUUUCUAAGGCCAUUACAGAAGAGAGCUCUGCUGGUUUUCCACAACUGCAUGGCGACGCAGCUGGCUUGAGUGUGAACAUGACUAAUCAUGAACCUAAACAUUGGUCAUUCUUUCAGAAUUUGGCAAAAGAUGAUCACAGAAAAGAUGUUUCCCUUAUGGAUCAGGAUCAUCUUGCGUUCUCAUCUUCACAAGCAAAAAUUGGAGAAGAUGCAUCCAUGGAUUAUGGUUAUCUACCUUUUGAGACUGGUGCAACUGCAGCAGAUGGUGUAGAUUCUAGUAGUAAUUUUGGUGCUAAAAAUCCGAGGCAAUCGUCUGGCCCUGUAGGACCUGACAUCAUGAAUUUGCCUUCUGAUUAUGAUAUUUCUCAGGCUCCUGGUGUCCAAAGUCUGCAAUUAGAUCGUCCAAUGACCUCAAGGACAGUUGGAUCUGAUUAUGAGGAUGGAAAGAAAGCAACUCAGCAGACAGGCUUCCCUCUUGUUGAUUUAUUUGAUCCCAGUACCCUUCAGAUCAUAAAGAACAGAGAUCUCGAAGAGUUGAGGGAAUUGGGUUCUGGAACAUAUGGGACUGUUUAUCAUGGUAAAUGGAGAGGAAGUGAUGUUGCUAUCAAGAGAAUAAAGAAGAGCUGUUUUGUAGGCCGCUCAUCUGAGCAGGAGAGGCUGUCGGCUGAUUUCUGGCAUGAAGCUGAAAUUCUGUCAAAGCUUCACCAUCCAAAUGUGGUGGCUUUUUACGGUGUAGUGCAAGAUGGGCCAGGAGGGACACUUGCUACCGUCACAGAGUACAUGGUCAAUGGGUCCCUCAGACAUGUUUUAAUUUCCAAGGACAGGUACAGGCAUCUUGAUCGUCGCAAGCGGCUCAUCAUUGCUAUGGAUGCAGCUUUCGGAAUGGAAUAUUUGCAUUCGAGGAAUAUUGUGCACUUCGAUUUAAAAUGUGACAACCUGCUUGUUAACUUGAAGGAUCCCUCCCGACCCAUAUGCAAGGUGGGUGAUUUUGGUUUGUCAAAAAUCAAAAGAAAUACAUUGGUUACUGGUGGUGUCAGGGGAACCCUUCCAUGGAUGGCUCCCGAGUUAUUAAAUGGUAGCAGUAGCAUGGUUUCGGAAAAGGUUGAUGUAUUCUCUUUCGGAAUAGUACUUUGGGAAAUUCUAACGGGCGAAGAACCUUACGCCAAUAUGCACUACGGAGCAAUCAUUGGUGGUAUAGUAAAUAACACACUCCGGCCGCCUGUGCCAAGCUUCUGCGAUCCCGAGUGGAGAUUACUGAUGGAGCAGUGUUGGGCGCCGGAUUCAUUGGCUCGCCCGUCCUUCACCGAGAUUGCUGCACGCUUACGCUCAAUGUCUGCUGUAAGCUUCACUAAACCACAAGUCUUUACACCACUCAAUCACUUGCCACCUAAGUGAUCACUUCCAAUUUUUCCAGCUGUGAUAUAUUUAUAAUAUUAUUUUCAAAACAUUAAUGGUCAUUAUAUUAUGGCCAGUAUAUUUUGUAUAGUAUGUAUAUAUAUAUAUUUACAUGGAGAGAUAGAUACUUCUCCUUCGUGUGCAUUUGAGUUGAAUUUGUCUUACUGAGUGUGAAUAAUUUUGUAUUAUUUCAAGGGAACUACAGAAACUGAUGUCAAUACAAUCACAAUUGUUUGCCAUUUUAUUUCU